CGCAGCCUCCGCCCUCCCGCCGCCGCUGCCGCCGCCGCGCUCGCCUCCGCCUCCCCCCCGAGGGCUGGGAAAGAAAUCCAGAGUUGUGACUCAGGAAGAGACUUCGGAAGGAAGAAACCCUGAAUAUCUUUAAAGUGCCUUUCUGCAGUCAUCCAGGAGUGUUCAGCGCCAGAACUGAAAUUCAGAGGAGUGUGAAUGUACGACCUAUUGGAUGUGAACUCCUUCUUCUAAAGCAGACUUGCAAUACCCUAAUCUCUCGCUUGCCUGGGGGAUCACUCUCCCCCACCGUGGCGACGGAUGUUAGCUCUGGAGACGACGGACAUUCAUUUCAUGGUGAACUAUUUCUGUGAUGUCAAAGCAUUUAAAGAAGAAGAUCGGUGAUGAAACUAUAAAGAUGUGCACAGUGGCGUCUCAUGAUCUGGGUGGAAAGGGGAGGCCCUUCAGCGUUCCUGUAAGUACGUCUCAUCCUGGGCUUGGAGGGUGCCUCCUGACUUGAGAUCUGAACCAUGUCCCACCCAUCAUGGCUGCCACCAAAGAACACCAACGAACCCGUCGGACACGUCACUGCGAGAAUGGAGACCACGCACGCUUUUGGGACCCCCAGCAUCUCUGUGUCCACGCAGCAGUCGCCAAAGAAAUUUGCACCAGUUGUUGCUCCAAAGCCAAAGUACAAUCCAUACAAACAGCCGGGGAGUGAUGAUUUCCCUCUGCCACCACCACCACCACCACUUCCUGGAGAUGAUCUCGGGAACCUCCCAGCGCCUCCUGGUGCCUUUCCCCCACCACCCUCUACAGAUGAGGCUGGUUUCAGUGUGCAGGUAAAUCCUGGUGAGAAGACGCUUGAAGAAAGACGAUCCAGUUUAGAUGCAGAAAUCGACUCCUUGACCAGCAUCCUGGCUGACUUGGAAAGCAGCUCCCCAUACAAGCCACGGACUCAACAGGGCUCUGGGUUCCCCACCGGCUCCCCAGUUACUUCUCCCCCGGGAUCUACUCCAGUUACUGGGCACAAGCGGAUGAUCAUUCCCAACCAGCCGCCUCUCACUGCCACCAAGAAAUCUACUGCCAAGGCACCGGUGCAACCUGCUGCCCCGCCUGCCCCAGUCCCAGUGACUCCUGUUGGUACACUAAAACCUCAGCCACAGCCAGUUCCAGCUUCUUAUAUCACCGCGUCCACUCCCACCCGACCGGCGUUCAACGUACAGGUGAAAACAGCCCAGCCCAGCCCUCACUUCCAGCCACCUGGCCCACCGCCCGUUCAGUACGGGCUGGGUCCAAGCCAAUCCUACGCUCCUCAGCCAGCCCGGCCCCCGGGGCCAGCACAGUAUGUUCCAUCUCAGCCUCGUGGUCCUGAGUAUGGCUACGCUCCCCAGCCUGCACGUCCUUCCGAGCCUGCUUAUGGCUUUGCACCUUCACAGGGGCGGUAUCAAGAUCUUUACUACCCUGCAGGCCCUGGAUAUGGAGGAAGAAAUGGCUCGGAACCAUCCUAUGUGCCACAAAACACCUGGAAGCCCGAGCCGGCCUAUCCCACAGCUAACACCAUGGCCCAAAAUCCAGCUGGGCCGUACCAACCGCCCAGCACAAAGAAGACCUACAUUACGGAUCCGGUGUUAGCACCUCCUCCACCACCCAUGCAGCCAAAGAGUGGGUACCCUGCCUCUGGCUCGGCAUCAAAUGCUCCUUUGUUCAGACCUGAGGAUGAGCUGGAACAUCUGACCAAGAAGAUGCUGUACGACAUGGAGAAUCCGCCCUCUGAUGACUACUUCGGCCGCUGUUCCCGUUGCGGUGAGAACGUUGUCGGGGAAGGCACUGGCUGCACCGCCAUGGACCAAGUGUUCCAUGUGGAAUGUUUUACCUGCAUGACCUGUGGCAACAAGCUCAGAGGCCAGCCUUUCUACGCGGUGGAGAAGAAAGCGUAUUGUGAACCCUGCUACAUCAACACACUGGAGCAGUGCAGCGUCUGUGCCAAACCCAUCAUGGAGAGGAUCCUGCGCGCUACGGGGAAAGCCUACCACCCCCACUGCUUCACCUGUGUGAUGUGCCACCGCAGCCUGGAUGGCAUCCCCUUCACUGUGGAUGCCGGAGGGAACAUUCACUGCAUCGAGGAUUUCCACAAGAAAUUUGCACCGCGAUGUUCCGUGUGUAAGGAGCCCAUUAUGCCUGCCCCGGGUCAAGAGGAGACCGUACGCAUUGUGGCAUUAGAUCGUGACUUCCAUGUCCAGUGCUACCGGUGUGAGGACUGUGGUGGCCUCCUGUCUGAAGGGGACAAUCAGGGCUGUUACCCUCUGGAUGGACACAUCCUUUGCAAGACCUGCAACUCAGCUCGGAUCCAGGCACUCACCGCUAAGGCCAGCACUGACCUUUGA